AAUUCUCUUUGUCGCUACGUCACUAGUUGGCAUGGCAUUCUAUGGCAUUUUGAAAGUCUGCUAUGAUUUGUAAUGCCGGUAAUAUCCAAGUUAAUUUUCGAAGAGAAACCUUGACAGUAUCGGUGUGUGCUAGUAAAAUUGUUAGUUGGUGCGUUGAUAUUUAAAGUGAAAAAAUAUAAUAUACAAUUAACUAGUGACAUUAACCAUGACGAUGUUGCGGCUAACACUUCACACUUUUAUUUUCAUACUUUAUACCAUAAAAACAGCUACUGGUUUAGGUGAAAUUAUUUAUGCUAUCAAUGCUGGUGGACCUGCUCACACUGACAUAUACGGAAUUCAUUAUGAAAAAGAUUCUCUGCAAGGAAGAGUCGGCACCGCUUCAGAUUACGGUAAACAAUUGGUUAUGAUCGGUCGAGUUAACCCUAAAGAUGAAAUACUAUACCAGACGGAGAGAUACCACCACAGCACAUUUGGGUACGAUAUACCUGCAAAUAAGGAUGGCGAUUAUGUCUUAGUUUUGAAAUUCAGUGAAGUUUAUUUUAAUGCUCCCAACAUGAAAGUGUUUGAUGUAGUUUUGAAUGGGGACCACACUAUUGUGGCUGAUCUAGAUAUUUUUGACAAAGUGGGCAGAGGUGUAGCACAUGAUGAGUACAUACCUUACUCAAUUAAAAACGGCAAAUUGUAUUACAAUGAAGAGGAAUCAGAUAUACGGGGAGGUAAAAUUAAAGUAGAGUUUAUUAAGGGUUACAGAGAUAAUCCUAAAAUUAACGCCUUGUAUGUAAUGAGAGGUACUAUAGAUGAAGUCCCAAAACUACCUCCCUUAGUGUGGCCUGAAAAUGAAACAGAGGAACCAAAAGAAGAAAUAGAAGAAAAAAGCUCAAAACCAAGACGUGCCAGUGGGCCCAAACAACCUGACCCUUAUUCUAUGGAUGAAAGCUCUGUCCUAAUACCAGUGUUCAUCACUAUAGGUGCUUUUGUACCUUUAUUAUUUUGCCUCUGUAAACUUUAAGUCAAUUUAUUUUAUACCAUCUUCCAUAUUUUUGUUGUAUGUGUAUUAUAAUAUAUUUUAAUUAUCAUGAAUAUAUUUAAUUAUUUCAAUUCUUUAAAUAGAAAAUUGUGAUAUCAGUCUCAAUUUAACAGCAGAAAAAAAAUACUGCUCAUUCCAUAAAAAAACCUUUAAUAAGUUAAGAUUUUUAGAUUUUUGCACAUAAAAUAAGUAUUUGAUUAUUGUAAAUAGAAAAUGUGUUUAGAUAUUAUACAUUUUUAGUUUGCUUAAUUUACUUACUAAAAUAAAUUCAAUGUUCUAAGUCAAUUGGUUUAAUAAACCACAAUAAAUCAAAUGUUAAUAAACCAUAAA